AUGGUCGAAUGGGUAACUACGCCCGCCUUCACCGAGCGGGUCAAUACUCUCAUGCGCGACUUCCAUAUCCCUGGCUUGUCAGUGGCAGUUCUUGAUGGCGAUACGGUACAUACGCGCUGCUUCGGCCAUGCUUCAAUUGAAUCCGACACAUCGGUUGAUGCAAACACCAUUUUUGACAUCGCAUCCUGCUCCAAAGCCCUAACAGGAGUCGCGAUGGGUAUCUUGGUAGACAAUCAUCCUAAGCUGAGUAAACUAAGUUGGAAAACGCCAGUAGUGGAGUUGAUCGGAGACGGCUUUGUCAUGCAUCGAGUUGAGGAUAACGAUGAAGUUACUGUCGAAAACUUGCUUAGCCAUACUAGUGGCUUUUCUGGCAGACACGAUAUGAGCGUCCUUGGUAUUAAUGCUGCACAUCCAGACAACGUACGCAGCGUGACCCGCAACUUGCGCCAUCUACCUAGCACUGCUCGUCCAGGCGAGAAGUACCAAUACAGCAACAUUAUGUACGCAGUAGCAACACACAUCAUCGAAACUCUAUCCGGACACACUUUCUCGUCCUUCCUGCAUGAGAAUAUCUUCAAGCCAUUGAGUAUGGACACUACAUUCUUGCAGCCCAGCGAGGUAUAUGCUGCAGAUCUAGCCUCUCGCUUCGCAACACCUUUUUACCAUGAGAACGACACAUACCACCAAGCUACGCACCAAGAGGUGCCAGAGUUUCAAGGUGCAGGUUCCAUUCAGACCACACCAAGCGACUAUAUAAAGUUCAUUGCUGCCAUGCUACACCACAACAAAUCUCCCAUCACGCAAACGAUUUAUGAUGGCGUCACCAGACCUCGUGUCAUGCGAAACUCCAAACACUCUCUAGACGACUUCAACCCCACCUCAUCAGCAGUAGCCUACGCACUAGGUUGGGACAUCAAAUACCGUUCUUCUCAGCAAAUCGUCUCCCACGACGGCGUCAUCACAGGUUAUGGCUCCAGCAUGUUUUUCCUGCCUGACCGUCGCUUCGGUGCAGUGUUCAUAGGAAACUCUUCCGCUGCCUUUGGAGUCUGCCAAAUCCUGCAGAGUGAAAUAAUAGACGAAUUCCUCAGUACACCAAAAGAGCAGCGAUUUGAUCUCUCGCGCGGCCAACUGGAACGCCAAGUCGCACAGGAAGAGAGAAAGAUGAAGAAGUUGACGAGGAAUCGAGAGAGGAGAAAACAAGCGCGAGGUACGCUUGAAGUGCCAGCAGAGAAAUACUGUGGUACUUUCUUCAAUGCAGCAUAUCGCGGUGUUACGAUUGAAAUGCAAGAUGGCGAUCUAUAUAUUGAUGCAGCGGAUCGUUCUGAGCCGUUUGAUAUGGUACUUGAGCAUGUGAAGGAUAAUAGAGAGUUUCGAGGAUAUAUUACUGCGGACGACGGGAGAGGAGAGGAUGGAAUCGCUGUGGAGGUUCGAUUGGACGAGAAGGAUGAUGUUGUGGCUGUGGGGUUCAAUUGGGAUCCUGAGUUAGGGAGCAAGUAUUUCUUUUGGCAUGAAAGAACCGCUUCGUAG